AUGCUCAUCUUGCGGCCACGCCUUCAACUUCUCCAGCGUCUCUCUUCUUCUACGGUCCAAUCCUCGAAUGCAGUGGUCAGAAAUUCUCUAAUUCUAAUGUGUCAUAUGCCAGACGCUUCUGGCACCAAGCGCUCGCUGUUUAAUAUAACGCAGCGUGGCAAACGCAAGCAGCUUAAGAGCUUGGAACAGACGGCAAAUGCUAAUCCAGAGGAUCCGUAUACACAGCUUCGCUUUUUGCAGGAGCUUAACCGUAACAAUUAUCCGGCGCUUGUAGUCCGACGUGUAGAGGAAAACCGUUUUGCGGUAGACGAAGCUGUACAGAAAGAGUACGUCAAAGCAUUGGUUAAAACAGGUCGACUUGAUACAGUGGACUUGCCGCAAUUGAUUCAGCAAAUUGGGACGACGGGAUCAAAUGCGACCCGUCAGUUUGCCGCUUGUUCAGCUGUGAGUCGUGGAAGUCAGGGCUUGUCAUCUCGUGAUCCAGUCUACGUGUCUAUGGUGGAAGGUAGUUUUAAAAGCAAUAUGUGGAAGACAUUGCGGACAUUGGGUAUGGCGUUUUUAGUUGUUUCGGCAUUGGGAGCUAUGCUGGACGAGAAAAUUGGUAAAAUUGGUACCGCAUCAAAAGUGAUGGGUCCUACGGGUAGUGACAAACGUUUUAGUGAUGUUAAGGGAGCUACUGAAGCCAAACAAGAGCUGGAGGAAAUUGUGCAGUUUUUAAGAGAUCCGGCUCGCUUUACUCGCCUUGGUGGCAACUUGCCAAAGGGUGUACUGCUCACUGGCCCACCAGGUACGGGCAAGACGCUGCUGGCUCGUGCUAUUGCGGGUGAGGCCGGUGUACCGUUCUUCUACUCGUCUGGAUCCGAGUUUGAAGAGAUGUAUGUGGGUGUCGGCGCGCGUCGUGUGAGGGACUUGUUUGAGUCAGCCAAGCGGAAAGCACCUUGCAUCAUCUUCAUUGACGAGAUCGACGCUAUUGGUGGGACGCGUAAGCUGAAGGAACAGCAGGCUAUGAAGAUGACGCUUAACCAACUGCUGGUGGAGAUGGACGGUUUUGAUCAGAACAAGGGUAUUAUCGUCAUUGGUGCUACAAACUUCCCCGAUGUGCUGGACAAUGCGUUGAUCCGGCCGGGUCGUUUUGACCGGCACGUGACGGUGGAUCUGCCGGACGUGGCCGGCCGCAAGGAAAUUCUCGAAUUUUACGGAGGCAAGGUUCCUUUGGGUGAGGAUGUUGACCUGGAUGUGCUGGCGCGUGCUACGCCUGGUAUGUCCGGUGCAGAGCUAUCAAACCUGGUGAACGAGGCUGCACUACGAGCGUCAAUUAAAAGUGCAGAUGUAGUGGAUAUGGACGCGUUUGAGUAUGCGAAAGACAAGAUUCUUAUGGGCGCCGAGCGAAAAUCUGCCGUGAUUACGCCGGAGUCGGCGAAACUUACUGCUUACCACGAAGGUGGUCACGCACUGGUUGCGAUUAACACGCCGGGCGCACAUCCUGUCUACAAGGCGACUAUAAUGCCGCGUGGACAAGCGUUGGGUAUGGUUUCACAAUUGCCUGAAGGCGAUCAGACGUCCAUUUCGCGAAAGCAGCUGUUGGCACGGUUGGAUGUUUGCAUGGGUGGUCGUGUGGCAGAGGAGUUGACAUUCGGCACUAACGAGAUUACGGGCGGUGCGUCGUCCGACAUCCAGCAAGCCACGAACGUUGCUCGCACCAUGGUGACGAAGUAUGGUAUGAGUGAGAACGUGGGUUUGGUGUUUCACGACUUGCGUGGGAACGAUACAAGUGCUACUACGCGCAAGAUAAUUGAUGACGAAGUGAAGAAGUUGUGCGACGCAUCCUACAAACGCGCGAAGGAGAUCCUUGUCAACAAGCAUUCCGAUUUGGAAAAGUUAGCUGAGGCACUGCUAGAGUAUGAGACGUUGUCGGGUGCUGAGAUUGAUAAGAUUCUCAAGGGUGAGGCGCUGGAACGUAAGCCGAUUGAAUAA